AUGAGCUCCGCGCGGACACUGGCGAUGCGACGGGUGGGAAUGGGGCUCGCCGGCCGCUCUCCUCGAGGUCACCGCGACGCUUGUGCGCAUCUCACAGAUGAUGUUGGCUGCCGCGUGGACGCUGGCUGCACCUUCAGGCUGCUCAUCGCUCUCCGGCUCUGCCUGUCUCUGUCUGUUCAACGUCUCCCAGUACCGCUCUCUCGCCAUCUCUCCGCCCUUUCCCGUGUUGCUCGCUUACAUCCUUUGCCCACCGCUACCCCCCCCCUCGCGUGCACUGCACAGACUAACAGGGCGCUGCCAAUGGCGUCAAACGGGAGAGGCUCGCCGUCUCCUGCGCCACUCAAGCGGCAGUCUGCCAAGAAGCCGGCGUUCAACGUGACCUCGCCGGCGCUGGCACGUCUCAGCACCUUUGCUGAGUAUGCGGAUCGGCGUCAUGAGCUCUUGGCAGACAUUCACGACGGACUUGAGGAUCAUGUGCGUAAAAUGGAGGAGCGGGCUAGGCAGGCUCUCGCCCACGCAUCGGCAGUGGCUGAAACCUGCAGGGCUCAGGAGACAGAGUGCCUAGAGUACAUUGAAGGACUGGAGGACAGGGUCAGGGACUUGCACAGGGCCAAGCGGGAGUGUGCGGCAGAGCUGAAAGCCCUUCAGACAUCGACGGAAAGGAGCCGUCAGAGCCUGGAGAAGGAGCUUCACGAUUUGCGCAAGGCCGUGGAGGAGACGCGGCGACAGCAGCUGCUCGCCCAAGAAGGGCAGCAGCACUACGAAAUGCUGUGCGACGCCGCGAAGCGUCGCUACGAGCUGGCCGAAGCGUACCUAAAGGACUUCACAGCGAAGGUCGAGUUCCGCUUCCACGAGGCUGUCGCAUCACUCCAGGUAGCGGCGCAAGAGCGGAAGCGGUGGGCAGACGAGCAGUGCGCACUCAAUGAGAAGCGCGUUCGCGACGCCGCACUGCAAGCAGAGCAGAGCGACUUCAGCGCCUUCCUUUGCCGUGCCACCGAGGAUGUCGAGGAGACUGGCGCAGUGAAGCCUGCAGAACAAUGCGCAGCGGCAGUGGAGCCGAAACUCAUGCGCGACUUGAAGCGUGAUGUGGUGGCGCUCGCGGCGUCUGUGGCAGCUCGACUACAACUCAUCGUGGAGCAGCAGAGCGCAGCCGAAGCCGGACUCGAUGGACUGCCACCGUGCAUCACUGGGGAAGGCUGCGACUCCAUUUACGCGUUGUGUCGAGCUGCUGCUCGAUCGACGUUGGAGGGAAACCAGGAGAGCUGGAAGAGAGAUCAACAGGCCGCCUGCGAAGCUGUAUCUGUCUCUCAUGCAACACGGACGCUCAGUGGUUUGGAGGUAACAGUGAAGGACGCGCUGCUCGAGUUGUGUGCGGCGGCCGCUUCGGCCUCGUCAACCCCAAGCGCAAAAGCCCAUGCGUGCCUGCACGAACCCCCGACAGGAGCAGCGGCGCCUCUCGAUAUCAGUGCUGCCAAUGCAUCUGUCAGCUCGAGUGCAUCACCGCCAAGUCCCGGAAAGGAACGGCCCCCCAUUCCAGUGCAGGCGUCAUCAUUGCCGGGAUCGUCUCGUCGGCAGAGCGAAAGCGUGACAUUCCCUGAACGCAGGCUCAUCGAGGAUUUCUCGUGGAGCACAGACGCGUUUGCUACCAUCUUCACUCCUCGCAAAUGA